AUGGGCCACCUGGUGGUGAUGGACGAUUCAGCGGAUCAACUGGCCCUGACCCGUGACUCCUGCGAGCUUUGGCAGGAGCUCGCAGAUCGCCUGCCGGCGACCGCUGAAGACGACCCCUGCGGCAGCUUGUGGAUCGCAGCGGACGAGGUCGAGCUGGCCGCGGCAGAGAGCAAGGCCGAGGUCUACCGCGCUGCCGGCCGCGCUGCUGAGAUACUGAGCCCGAGCGAUUUGGCCACCGCCGAGCCGGCGCUGCGCCCCGGCCUGGCGGGAGCGCUUCGGAUAGCUGGCGACCGGGUGGUCUAUCCACCGGCGGUCGCCCGCUGGCUGCUCGACCGGGCGAUCGAUCGAGGCGCCGAGCUGCGCGAGGGGGCCGAGGUCGCAGUUAUCGAAGACGGCGCCGUUCGCUUGGCCAACGGUGAGCGCCUCGAGGCGCCGACCCUCGUCAACGCCGCCGGCGCCGCCGCCGCUCGCUUGACCCCCGAACUGCCGAUCGAGCCGCGCAAGGGCCACCUGGUGAUCACCGACCGUUACCCUGGAUUGGUGCGUCAUCAGCUGGUCGAGCUGGGCUACCUGAAGAGCGCUCACCAGAUCACCGCCGAGUCGGUAGCCUUCAACCUGCAGCCGCGCAAGACCGGCCAGCUGUUGGUGGGCUCGUCGCGGGAGCUAGUCGGCUGGGAUCGGCGGAUCAACCGCGGCAUUGUCGCUAGGAUGCUGCGCCGGGCCGCUGAAUUCGUGCCCGUCUUGCCCCAACUGGUGGCCCUGCGCACUUGGACCGGCAUGCGACCCGCAACCCCCGACAAGCUACCGCUGAUCGGUCCUUGGCCGGCAACCAACGGCCUGUGGAUCGCCGCCGGCCACGAAGGGUUGGGCAUCACCACCGCGCUGGGUACCGCACGGCUGCUGGCCGACCAGCUGCUCGGCCGCACUCCGCGCCUCGAUCCCGAACCGUUCGCCCCCGCUAGAGUCUGGACCGGAGCGACCCCGUGA